AUGAAGACCUCUCUCGUCUACUUCGCCGCCCUGGUGCUAUCGGCCUUGGCCGUGCCCAUCGAGCACUCCGAGGCCGGCCUGCACCCCGAGCUGCCGGCGACCGAUAAUAGCAGCAACAAGGCCGCAAAGGCUCCCGCCCCGGCCCCAAACGCGGCUGCUCCCAAGAGCGCCCCAAAGCCGGCUCCCAAGAAGUCCCCCAAGCCCGCACCCAAGAAGGGCCAGCCCGCGCCUAAAAAGGGCCAGCCUGCGCCCAAGAAGGGAAAACCCGCGCCCAAGGCCGCGCCAGCUCCCAAGCCCAACGCCGCCGCUCCCAAUGCGACCGCCGCCGCGCCUCCGCCUUCCACUGCCACCACGUGCGCCGGCAUGAGCCAGUCCUGCUCCCACAUUUACAAGAAGUUCAAGGAGGUUCUCGAUGGCGACUCCGCGGACUUGUUGAAAGUGAUUAACGAGUUUGCCGACAAAUUCGAGAGGGACCCCAAGUGCGCAGACGCCAUUCUAGACUGCAGCGGCAGCAAGCCCGUCCAACAACAAGUCGCCGCCCCGCCUCCGGCUGCCCCCGCCCCCGCCAAGGGGCAAGGCAAGGGCCCCCUUGGUGCCCUGGGCUUGCGCUAG